AUGUUUAGGAAUAGGUUAAAAUCCAUAAGGUUUAUUAAUACAAAUAUACAUAUUUCUAAAAUGGCUAAGAGUUCUUUUGAGUAUGUAAAAAGCUAUGAACUUGACGAUACUCUGUUACCAAACACUUGGAUUGUCGUAAGAAUUGAUGGUAAAUGUUUUCACAAAUUUUCCGAACAUCACAAUUUUACUAAACCUAAUGAUUUAAGAGCAUUGAAAUUAAUGAAUUAUGCUGCUUAUCAGGUUAUGAAAGAUACCCAUGAUAUUUGUGUUGCUUUCGGACAAAGUGAUGAAUAUUCAUUUAUAUUUAAUAAGAAUACUGCAUUUUAUAAAAGAAGGGGGGCAAAGCUGCUUACAACAAUCAACAGUAAAUUCUCUUCUUCUUAUGUUUUUUACUGGAGAAAAUUUUUUGGAGAUGAAAUCCUGCAAUAUCCUCCAUCUUUUGAUGGUAGAAUUGUAUUGUACCCAUCAGCAGAAAAUGUGAUUGACUACCUUAAAUGGAGACAGGCUGAUGUCCAUAUAAAUAAUCUGUAUAAUACUGCAUUUUGGGCACUUGUACUACAAGGAAAACUUAGUCCAGUCGAAGCUGAAAAGCGAUUAUGUGGAACAGUGUCAGCAGAUAAAAAUGAAAUUCUAUUCAAAGAGUUUAAUAUAAACUACAACAAAGAACAGGAAAUCUUUAAAAGAGGUACAAUAUUAUUAAAGCUUCAGGUGCAGUCAGAUAUAAUAAAAAAAAUAGUAACAGCUAUUACUGACAUUCAUGAAGAUAUGUUGAAAGAAAAUUUUUGGCUUAAAUAUGAAAACUUACUGGAACCAAAAUCAAAAAAAGUUGUACAUUAUAAUGGCCCUAUUACAGAUAUUCUUACUGAACAAAUAUUAAAUAGAGAUAAAUCAAAACAAUGUAAUUCAAUAAAGAUUUCAUGA